GUAAAAGUGCGUGCCCAGAGAAGCAGAGCUGGCCGGCAUCUACCAUGUCUCGGAGAAGAUUCGAUUGCCGCAGCGUCUCCGGCCUGCUGACCACCACUCCUCAAACGCCAUUGAAGACGGAAAAUUUUAAUAAUUUCUAUACACUUAUGUCGAAAGAACUUGGGAGAGGGAAGUUUGCUGUGGUUAGACAAUGUAUAUCAAAAUCUACGGGCCAAGAGUAUGCUGCAAAAUUUCUGAAAAAGAGGAGAAGAGGCCAGGAUUGCCGGGCAGAGAUUCUACAUGAGAUAUCCGUGCUGGAGCUGGCCAGGGCCUGUCCCCACGUGAUCAACCUGCAUGAGGUCUACGAGACGGCGACUGAAAUCAUUCUGGUCUUAGAAUAUGCUGCAGGUGGAGAAAUUUUCAACCUGUGCUUACCUGAGGUGGCUGAAAUGGUGUCUGAAAACGAUGUUAUCAGGCUCAUUAAACAAAUACUUGAAGGCGUGGAUUAUCUACAUCAGAAUAACAUUGUUCACCUUGACUUAAAGCCGCAGAAUAUACUACUGAGCAGCAUAUACCCACUGGGAGACAUAAAGAUUGUAGAUUUUGGAAUGUCUCGAAAAAUUGGGAAUGCAUGUGAACUUCGGGAAAUCAUGGGAACACCUGAAUACUUAGCUCCAGAAAUCCUCAACUACGACCCCAUCACCACCGCGACGGAUAUGUGGAAUAUUGGCGUAAUAGCAUAUAUGUUGUUAACUCAUACAUCGCCAUUUGUAGGAGAAGAUAAUCAAGAAACAUACCUGAAUAUUUCUCAAGUUAACGUAGAUUAUUCAGAAGAAACUUUCUCAUCAGUUUCACAACUGGCCACAGACUUCAUCCAGACCCUCCUAGUGAAGAAUCCAGAGAAAAGACCCACAGCAGAAUCCUGCCUGUCUCAUUCGUGGCUGCAGCAGUGGGACUUUGGGAGCUUGUUUCACCCUGAGGAGACUUCAGGUUCCUCUCCAGUUCAGGAUCACACCCUCAGGUCCUCUGAAGACAGGACCCCCAAAUCCUCCUGUAACGGAAGCUGUGGAGACCGGGAGGACAAGGAGAACAUCCCCGAGGACAGCAGCGUGAUCUCUAAGCGAUUCCGCUUUGAUGACUCCUUGCCCAGCCCCCACGAGCUUGUUCCAGACUUGCUGUGCUAGCACUUCCCUCUGUGAGGCGUCGGGACUGACGUGGAGAUUGAAAAUCCUCUCUGUGUGAGAUUGUCUUUUUAGCUUCAUAUAUGAUAUGUUUAUAUUACAAAUGCACUUUUGCUUAGGAGAACAUAGGGAACAGUUCAAAUGCUAGGUUUCUAUUUGCUAGCGUAGCAUUUCCUGUCCUGAAGUUGUUUUACAGAGAAAAAUAUUUAAGUAUAUGACAAAAAUGUAAAUUGUGCAUGUGAGUUCACAUGCAACUAAAAGAAUUCAAGUUCAAUUGAACUUAUAAAAUGUUUUACAUAUCAAGAAAAAUGGGUUCUACUAUGGUGAGUGAAGACUGAACAGAAUGGAAACAUUGGAGUGUAGUAGCUUCUCCAGUGCGAGCCCUGUGCCGUGACUGCUGACGGGAUUGUCUGGGGAAGCAAUGCCAAAUGUAAACCACACUAUGUACUGAGACGGUGUUUAUUAGUAGUGCUCCAGAGAUAUUUACAAUUGGAAGUGUUUCCCAUUUACCAAUAACUUGAAACUAUGUAAGAUUUCCUUUGUGUGCGGUAUAGGAGAAUUGGGAAAAACCAAAUGUAUUCUCAUUUCCGUCAGCUAGACAUACUCAUAAAGGGAACUGUUAAGUCCAGGCAGCUCACUUAGUGCUGGGCAUCUCCUAAGUCUGAGAACAAGCCCGCUGUUGAGAGUCUUCCACAAAAGUACCAGAGUAUUGGUGGAACUGUUGGCACCAGAGUCCUUGGUGGGCAAUGUAAAACAUGGCUUAGGCAUUGCUGAAGUUCUUCAGUGAAAUUCCUAGUGAGUGAGGAGGCUUGACACGCAGCUAUCUCCAGGGUCUGUGUGUGUGUGUGGGGGGGGGGGGUUCUGCUGGAAACGACACACAUGAACGUCUAGUGUUGAGUCCGUGGUCAGUAACUAUGUUCAGUCCCGAUGGGAAGGGGCUUGGGGAAUGCUCUGGUUACUUCCCGUUUGUGCCUGUUAGAAGGUCUGUAAUAAUAUGCUACUACAAUAAACUCCAUUGCCAAAAACUUAAUAAAAAGCCCAUGUAUUUCCACAUUGAAGUGGGUUUAGUCUAACAAUCUGUAAAUUCUUGAAAUUGUUAAUAAAUUCUGAGUUCUUUAGAUAACUUUAAA